GGUAUCUUCUAAUGGGGAAUGCUAGUGACCAUAAGUUUGAACUCAUUGUAAAGCAAAGAGAGCCAAUUCUGGUUGCUCCUGCAGAGGGAACAGACAAGGGUUUUUACUUCCUCUCAAACCUUGAUCAGAACAUCGCGGUGAUAGUUCGUACAAUUUACUGCUUCAAAUCAAAUGAGGAAGGGAAUAAGAAAGCUGUGGAGGUAAUUAAGGAUGCCUUGUCAAAGGUUCUAGUACACUACUACCCGCUUGCAGGGCGGCUGACAAUCAGCUCUGAGGGGAAGCUGAUUGUGGAUUGCAAUGGUGAAGGUGCUGUCUUUGUUGAGGCAGAAGCCAACAUUACCAUAGAUGAGAUAGGUGACAACACAAAGCCUGAUCCUGUCACUCUUGGGAAGCUGGUUUAUGACAUUCCUAAUGCCAAAAACAUUCUAGAUAUGCCUCCUCUGGUGGUUCAGGUGACGAAAUUCAAAUGUGGAGGAUUUGUUCUGGGGCUAUGCAUGAAUCACUGCAUGUUUGAUGGGCUUGGUGCUAUGGAAUUUGUGAACUCGUGGGGUGAAACAGCCAGAGGCCUGCCUCUAAAAGUCCCUCCUUUUCUAGAUAGAAGCAUAUUCAAAGCCAGAAAACUGCCAAGGCCAGAAUUCCCUCACCACGAAUUUGCUGAGAUCGAAGACAUGUCAAACACUGCUGAUGUUUACGAAGAAGAAAUGAUCUACAGGUCCUUCUGCUUUGACACUGAGAAGCUUCAGCAACUCAAGAGGAAAGCCAUGGAAGAUGGGGUUCUAUCCAAGUGCACUACAUUUGAAGCCCUCUCGGCAUUCGUCUGGAGAGCUAGAACUCAGGCGCUGAGGCUGCAGCGUGAUCAACAGACAAAGCUCCUGUUUGCUGUCGAUGGACGAUCUAGAUUUGACCCUCCAAUGCCAGAUGGGUACUUUGGCAAUGGGAUUGUGUUGACGAAUUCGCUUUGUAGUGCUGGGGAGCUUGUGGAAAAUCCAUUGUCUUUCGCAGUGGGGUUAGUUCAAGAGGCUGUUAAUAUGGUCACAGACAGUUAUAUGAGAUCAGCCAUAGACUAUUUUGAAGUAACAAGAGCUAGGCCUUCUCUGGCUGCAACUCUUUUGAUCACCACUUGGUCUAGGCUAUCGUUCCACACUACAGACUUCGGGUGGGGAGAGCCUUUUUUAUCAGGGCCUGUGGCUUUGCCUGAGAAAGAAGUAACUCUCUUCCUAUCUCAUGGAAAAGAGAGGAAAAGCAUCAAUGUCCUUCUUGGUUUGCCGGCUUCUUCCAUGAAGAUCUUCCAAGAACUUAUGCAGAUUUGAAGCAGAAUUCAAUUUGAUCUUCAUAAAAGAUUCUUCCUGAACUUUCUUCAUCAAGAAAUUGUUAAAAUAUUGUGUGUAAUUUGUUCCAAAAAACUUUUAUUGAAGCCUAGAUGAAUUUCAUGCCAUAAAAUUUCAUCAAAAUUAUCUGUUUGUAUGAAUAAAAGGCAGUUG